AUGCCGACAUUUGAGCAGACACUCGAGCAGGCCAAGAAGGGUAAGAUCAUCAAGUCAGCCUACGACAGUGAGAGCUUCGAGUCUGAUGGCACCAUCCACGUCGACGGCCUGGUGGGGUCGGCCACCAUCUCACCGUCCGGUAGGGACAUUGCGCUGGCGUCGCCCGAGGGCCUGGCCAUCAUCGACCUGGACUCGCCCUUCAACCCUCCGCGACGGCUGCGAAGCAAUGGCAUGCCGUGGCUAGUGACGGACGUUCAGUGGUCACCAUUUGCCGCCCGCGACUACUGGGUCGUAUCGACGGCCAACCACCGCGCCCUGGUGUGGAACCUCAACUCGCGCGACGACUCAAGCUCGGGUGCCAUCGAGCACUCUCUGCAGGGUCAUAGCCGCGCCAUCACCGACAUAAACUUCUCCGCGCACCAUCCGGACUUCCUGGGAACAUGUUCCGUCGACGGCUACGUCCACUCCUGGGACUUGCGCCGCCCCAGACAGCCCGUCCUCACCUUUUGCGACUGGUUCGCCGGCGCUACCCAGGUCAAGUAUAGUCGCCAGGAGCCGCACAUCAUCGCGUCCUCCCAUGAUCGUUGGUUGCAUAUCUGGGACGAGCGCUGGUCAUGCAAGCCCCUCCGCACAAUCCCGGCACACACCUCCAAGAUCUACGGUAUCGACUGGAACCGCGUGUCCCCAACCGCCCUCGUCACCUGCUCUCUCGACCGGAGCAUCAAGUUCUGGGACUACGCCAAGGAGAGCGAUGAGCCAAACCACGUCAUCAAUACCGACUACCCGGUCUGGAGAGCCCGACACACCCCCUUUGGCUAUGGACUGCUCGCCAUGCCCCAGAACGAGCCCGGCGACCUGUACAUGUACGACCGGAGGAACCUGAACCAGAACCCCAAGGAUACCUCUGCCGACCCCGUUGCCGUCUUCCCAGGCCACGGCGACCACAAAGUCAAGGAGUUCUUGUGGAGGAGCCGUGGCGGAAUCGGGGACGAUAAUAUCGACAACCGCGAGUUCCAGCUCGUUUCGUGGGGAGGAGACCAUGAGGUGAGGUUGCAGUGCAUCGAUGAAAGCGUGCUGGCCUCUGUCGGCUACGUCCGCGGCUCUCUCGCCACCCGCGGCCUCAACCUCACCCGUCAGGGCGCUGUCUACAAGACGUUUCGUACCGUCGACGAUGGAUCCAGUCGUGAUCGCAAAGCUGGCACCAUGAGAGACCUGCGUAGUAAUAACAGCACAGCGCACAGCAGCCAGCAGAGCGCUCUCACGCUCGGUAUGCGAUCAGCCAUCCAGGGUCGUCACUCCAUGGCCGGUUGGCGAGGCCCGUCUAUGAAGGCCAAGGUGCGAUCCAAGAGAGACCGUACCCAGUCCCAGAUCGGAUGGCUCAAGGGAAUCACCAUCACAAAGAGACGGACACCGGGUUCUCGUGAUGUUCCUAAGAGGCAAAUGUCCAAGGAUUCCAGCGCCUUUGGUCAUGGUUACCCCGACGAUGAUUGGGGAGAGCCCGAUACCGUCCAGGAGGAGCUGUUGCGCAUCAGCACACAGAUACCCAAGGUCAAGUGGGAAAACAUCGAUAUGGACAACCUGUCGUUGAAGGCGUCGCUGAACGGACCGUGGGGUGUUGAUGGGGAGACCACCUUCAUCAAGAUCAAGAUCGAUAUUCCAGAAGACUAUCCCACCGCAGCGGCACCAACCUUCUCCAUUGAAAAGACGUCCUUCCUUCCAGAGGAGACGCACCGCCGCAUGACGCGAGAGAUCCACCAACUCGCGGAACAGUUCCUGCAAAGAAAGCACAACUGUCUGGAGGUUGCCUUUACCUAUCUCCUAGGCGAGGUUGAUUUGGAGACCAGUACCACCUUCUUCAAGAACGUUGGGGAUCUGGAUGACGAGCUUCUAGCAGGGAUGGAUAGUAUCAGCUCUAGUAGUGACGAGGACGAGGAUAUCCCUGCCGGCGGCUCAGCCUCCAUGUCGCAAGAGCUGGUACCCCCUGGCGGCGAUGCUGAUACAGCACUGGCGACGACGAACCGCACCAUCAUCCCGCCACCCGUGAGGACGUGCGGCGCUCGCUUCUCCCACGCAGGACGGCUCAUAUGCUUCUUUCCUAGUAAGGAAGAAAAGGCUAGGGCCCUAUUCUCGAGCAAUCCGUCGCUGCAGAAGGACCGGCCCAAGGGAGAGCCAUUCUUUGCCGGGUUUGGCCGACUCACGCACGAAACACCUCCCCGGCACAGGUACACUGAAGAAGCAUCCGCCACGGAUAACCUGUCUGGCUCCGAUGAGUCAGAGGACUCCUCAUCUUCGUCAUCGAGCGAUUCUGAAUCUACGUCGAUGCACAAGCUGAGCAUGUGGUACCGCCCGAGUCGCCAGCUCCGAAAGACGUGGAGCGAGGACCGGUCCGUGCGAUCGAGCGGCGGAGGUACCGGGACGGGCAUCGGAACCGGUACCGGCACUGCUUUUAGCCGCCGGCGUAGUGGGCGGCCGCGAAACCUUGUGUCGAUUCAUGAUUUGCGUGGCCUGCUGCCGUCCAAGAAGGAGCUGGCACAGGAGUACGCAAUAUUCGGUGACGGUGCCGAGGUGUGCGAGCAUAACGCUAUGGUGGCGGAGAAGUAUGGCUAUGACGACCUAGCCGAUAUAUGGCGGUACCUCACGCUUCUUCUCAGACAGGGGAUCCCCCUGGAGUUCCUGGCCCACGACACAAGGCGGAACUCCAUCCUCGUGAUCGCCCGCGAGAUUGUUUCGAGGUGUCGUGGCGAACCGACGCUCGACGCAGGAUUCGGGGUCAUGAGCCCCGCUCCCGGACUAUCCGGGAGAGUCAAAUGGGGGCAGCAUCCGUUGGCGCAGGAAUUCAUCCUAGAGCUCCUCGAGUACUUUGCCAAGAUCUCAGACGUACAGAUGCUGGCCAUGCUGUCGUGCAUCUUCAGCGACACAUCAGCAGGCAGUGGCCUAGCGUACGCAGAGUCGCAGCUCCCCCAGCCCAAGACGCCUCUACCCCUGAAGGCCCCCGCCUUUUCGCUCAACUACUACCCGGCGGAUUCUUCGGCGUGGAAUCUGUACAGCAAGAGCCGGCACACCUCUGGCAUAACGACCCCGAGGACACCAAUGACGCCGCACUACGCGACGCCGCAACUAUCCGGCGAUGCACUGUGGAGCGGAGAGGCAGGGCUCAACUCGUACUCAUGCGGUGAGACGCCCCCGGCCAGACAUAAGGGACGGGAUACCCCGCACGGGGGACGGUCCAGAUCUCCCCAUGGACGGUCAGUUCCCAAAGCGAAUACCAGCCUAGCAUCGUCCCUUACGGGGGUCUCUCGAUCGCUCACAGGCGGCAGCUCUGCCUCACCUCCCAUAGCCACCUACGGGAAGAAGAAGCCCAGCCCCGUCGAGACGAUCAUCAACAGCCUACACCCGGGCGGCGGCACGUCCAUAUGGGGCAGCUCGACGGCGAUGGGUGACUCCAGCGUCGGGCAGACUUCGGUGGACGACGAGGACGACGAGGACGAUGAGAAUGAUACGCUGCCACUGGUGCCCGUGAGCGUCUCAGUCUACAUAGAAGACCAGACGAUAUUCGAUGAUGACGGCUGGAUGAGCGCGCCGUUCCUCGACGCCAAGCGAGCAGACGCAUACGCCAACUACCGGUACGCAUAUGCCGAGAUGCUCGAGAUGUGGGAAGAGUCGCUGGCCCGCCUGGAGAUUAUGAAGUUCAACAUCAUCAAGGCGGACAGGGUAACCUCCGGCAGCAACGGCGACAGCAUCAGGACGACGGUGGACGCCACCAGUGGCAGCGACAACGUCCGCGAUUCGCCAUCGUCGACCCUGACCAAGAGCCCUGAGGGCAACCGCCGACAGCAGCAGCAGCAGCAGACAACGACAACGUCACGCGGCGGCGGCAAAUCGGGCUCAUCCCCCAUUGUCAUGGGCAGGAAGGACCAGCUUCAGGCCAUCGUCGCGUCGAGCCGUGGCCUAGAUGUGACGGGCAUAUGCCGCAUCCACGAGACGCAGCUCGAGCCAGCGCUGUACACCUCUUCCGACGCCAGGAUGGGUGGCGCCGUGGGCACGUGCGGCCGGUGCCGCCGCACGCAGAGUCAGCUCCGCUGCGUGUACUGCCUCGAGCCCAUAGACGCCCUGUUCCCCCCGUGCCUGUCCUGCGGCUGCGCCACCCACGAGGUCUGCCUGGCCGAGUGGCACGCCGCCGGCGAGACCGAGUGUCCCGCCGGGGACGAGUGCAGCUGCGUCGACGAGGCGGACGACGGUCAGGUCGAGUCGUGGGCUGCGCUGCAGGAAGUCCGCUGGAUCGUGGUCGAGGGCGUCUAG